CUCCAACUCCAACUCGAGCAGCGUCUUACAAUCCCUAAAAUCAUUCUCAUCUCUUAAAUCACUUACUUAUGAAGAUAGUGAUCUCACUGCUCCGACCACAGUUUACACAUUAAGAAAUCUGAGCACGCUGGAGUACCUAUACUUGACGGGAUCUUCUUUAAAUGACAACUUUCUCCCAAACAUUGGACAAAUGACUUCUCUUAAAGUGUUCAGUAUAGCUUUUGGUAGCAAUAAUGGCACCCUCCCUAAUCAAGGUUGGUGUGAACUCAAACACACUGAGGAGCUGGAUUUUACCGUUAAUAAUUUUGAGGGAGCACUGCCUUCGUGUCUUGGAAACAUGACAUCACUUCGAUGGUUGAGUUUUUCUGGGAAUUACUUCAUGGGAAAUAUAGCGUCACAUUCUAUUUGGAGGAGACUCACAUCACUUGAGUACCUCGAUAUUGCAGAUAACCAAUUUGAUGUUCCUCUGUCAUUCAGCCAAUUUUCCAACCAAACAAAAUUGAUCUCCUUGGAUGUUGGUUAUAAUACAAUAAUUACAGAUACUGAAUUCCAAAAUUGGAUCCCAAAUUUUCAGUUAGAGUUUUUUGGUAUCGGGGAAUGUAUAAGUCUUCACAAAUUCCCUUCUUUCCUUCACUACCAAUAUGACUUGAGGAUCCUUGUUAUAUAUGCAAAUCAAUUGGCAGGAAACUUUCCAACAUGGUUGUUAGAAAAUAACACCAGACUUGCAGCGAUCUAUGGUGACGAUAAUGCUUUCAACGGACCAUUCAAGUUGCCAUUGAAUCGUCACCUCCAUCUAGAGACGAUUGAUGUUUCUAAUAACAAACUAAAUGGAUAUAUUCCAGCAAAUAUGAGUUUAGCCUUUCCGAAGCUUACUUUUUUGAACAUGUCAAAAAAUAAUCUUGAAGGCCCUAUACCUUCCAAGUUUUGUGGCAUUCAUUUAGAAUUCCUAGACCUUUCUGUCAAUAUCUUGUCUGGAGGAGUUCCUAGUGAUCUGGCAAUUGGUUCUCCACAAUUGUUCUACCUUCGGUUGUCAAACAACAAGCUUAAAGGAAAAAUAUUUUCGGAGGAGGUCAGGCCACAUAUAUUAUCCUUUUUGUAUUUGAAUGACAAUAACUUUGAAGGACCACUACCUAGCAACAUUUUUCUCAGAUCCCUUAUUGUACUGGAUGCUAGCAGGAAUAACUUCACUGGGGAGAUUCCAAGAUGGAUUAUGGAUAAUACAAGAUUAUUACAGCUUGAUUUGUCAAAAAAUCUUCUCGAAGGUUUGAUUCCAGUUGAAAUUUGCAAUUUGAAGAGUAUAUAUGUUUUAGCUAUAUCCGAAAACAAGCUUUCAGGCUUUAUACCUUCUUGUGUGAGUUCUUUACCUCUCGAACACAUCCAUCUUGAGAAAAAUCAAUUGGGUGGUGAAUUGGGACAUGUACUUUUCAACUUGUCUUUUCUGAUAACUUUGGAUCUUGGGUACAACAAUUUUACAGGAAAUAUCCCACACACCAUAGGCUCUCUUAAUUCUCUCAACUACCUUCUCCUUAGGAAUAACCAAUUGGAAGGGCAGAUUCCAACUCAGAUUUGUAUGUUGAACGACUUAUCUAUUGUGGAUUUAUCUUUCAAUAAGCUUUAUGGUCCACUCCUUCCUUGUUUGAGUAACUUAACACAAGCCAAAAAGGAUGCACAUCUAAGAAUGGCCUAUUAUGCUACGACUUCUAGGGAUUCAUGGUUAGCCUUUUUGGGCUGGAUACGUUGGAAAAGGCACUACUACGAUCGUCAUGGACUUAUUACUACCUCAUUUUUGAUGGAUGUGGAAACUCAGGUCCAAUUUUCAACGAAAAGAAACUCAUACACUUAUAAGCGAAGUAUCCUAGAAUAUAUGUCGGGUAUUGAUCUUUCAAGUAACAGAUUAACCGGUGAAAUUCCAGUUGAGCUAGGGAACAUGAGCAAUAUACACGCACUGAAUCUAUCACAAAACCAUCUCAUCGGAAGAAUACCAUAUACCUUCUCCAAUCUACAGGAAAUUGAGAGUUUAGACCUUUCCUACAAUAGAUUGAAUGGGAGCAUUCCUGUUGAUCUACUUGAGCUGAAUUCGUUGGCAGUAUUCAGUGUUGCAUACAACAACUUAUCAGGUGCAGUGCCUGAUUUUAAAGCUCAAUUUGGAACUUUCAACAAAAGCAGCUACGAGGGAAAUCCUUUUCUUUGCGGUUAUCCAUUAGACAACAAGUGUGGGAUGAGUCCUAAAUUGUCAAAUGGAGACGAGGAAUCAUCAGAAUUGGAGGAUAUUCAGUGUUUUUACAUUGGCUUUGUUGUGUCUUAUGGAGCGAUCUUGUUGGGAUUAGCUGCAGCGCUCUGCUUCAAUCGUCAUUGGAGAAGAGCAUGGUUCAGGAUGAUAGAGGCAUUGAUGUUUUAUUGUUACUAUUUUGUGUUGGACAACAUAGUUACACCCAUCAAGAGUAGAUGGUGCAGGAAUGUUGGUUAGGUAGUUGUUAUAAAAUUUUGAUGUAUGUUUGUCAACAUUAUUAUGUUGUCUUUCUCUUUUAUCAAUACUAGAUGGAAAAGGCCCGGGGCAAGCACGGGCCCAAUAGUCAAAUUAAAAUUGUCGAAAUUUGUUCAGUGAAGCAGCUAUACACUUGCUAUGCUUCUGAAAAUACUAAUAUUAAUGACG